AUGGCUCGCGCGGGGCAAGGGGGCGGGAUGGGGAGCGCGGUGAACGUGGGGAUCGCGGUGCAGGCAGACUGGGAGAACCGCGAGUUCAUCUCCAACAUCUCCCUCAACGUCCGCCGCCUCUUCGACUUCCUCCUCCGAUUCGAGGCCACGACGAAGAGCAAGCUGGCCUCACUGAACGAGAAACUAGACAGCCUGGAGCGGAAGCUGGAGGUGCUGGAGGUCCAAGUGAGCAGCGCCACCACCAACCCCUCCGUUUUCAACAACUAG